ACUACCUCCUCCCAACUCUCAGUCUUUUUAUGCGCUGCAAGUUUCUGUUCUUUUAUUCUUUCCAACUUCAUUUAAUUCAUCAAAAUGGGCAGUUUAUUUUAUCUUGCGAGUUUGAUAUGUUUACAUUGCUCUAAAUUUUAACCUUUAAUGGUGUUUAAUGAUCGUUUGUGAAAUAUGGGUUUUUAAAAGUACUGCCCAAUCUGAUCAGAAAAUAGAAAUGGACACAGGCACCCACAGUGGUGGAGAAUUGGGGUACAUUGUUUUAUGCUACUGAGUAAAAUGUUUGAAACCUCUUUUUUCCCCUUAUUAUUAUUAUUAUUAUUAUUAUCAUUAUUACAUUUCAAAAUUAUUAUUUAAUUAUUUCUUUUUUAAUAUAUAUGUAAUUUUUUGGGUAUAAAGAAGCAACAGGUUAAGGCUUGGUUGAAAUGGGUUUUCAUGGACUCAGAUAAACAAGCAUUCCUCCAAGUUCAAAUGAUUCAUUUUGUUGUCUGGGUAGUGCUACUUAAGAGGCUAUGUUGUCAUGUGCAUUUUCUUUCUUUCUGCUAGCAUUUGGUGAGAGUAUACCUUGCUUAAGAGGCUUCUUCAUGUUCUAAUCGUAAUGAUACUGUCUUCUUUCCAUAAACUUAUUGCCAAUCUUAUUAUCAAUUUUAUCAUUGAAAGACACUGGUUAAAACUUAAAACUUCAUGUUCAAUAUGUAGCAUACAUUGUAUUUCACUUUGGCUAUGUCACUGUCACUGGCUGUUAUGGUUGUUUAUUCCAUAUGCUUGGCUUUUAAAGGGUCUCUAAAUUCACUUCUUCUUUAGUUUGUGCGCUGAUAGUCAUCCUAAUCUAGUGGUCUACUCAUAAGUCUUCUAAGGUCAUGGUUUUUAAUAGAUAGGUGUUCUAAGAGUUUAUGCAUCAUCGAUCAAUCAUACGCUUUUAUUUCGCCGAAAUUGUGUAGGUUGACCAUUGAAUGUACAAUUAGUUGCAUACUACUAGAACCGAGAAGGUGUAAGAGUGAGUUUAUAUGAAAGCAAAACUUUCUGCUGGUGGAGCUGUUAAGAAGAGUAAGCCUGAUGGAAUUUAUAUGGACAAACGUGGCAAAGUGAGACGCUUUAAUCCAAAGAAACUGUCUAGGAAAAUAUGUUGUACUCCAUUAUUAACUACUUGCAACUAAUGUUAUAGUCUGCAUAAUCUUCAAAUAUUUGAUAUUGUUAUCUUUGUACAGGUGGUUCUUUAAGGGGAAGAGGAUGGACAUAUGGUUCUGGGUUUAUUGAUGGAAUUUUCCCAUUGAUCAGCCCCACUGCUCGGCAGCUUCUGGACAUUCUGCUGAAGGAAGUGGAUCAAAACAGAAUUAUCACCAAUUAUGCUCCUCAUCGUAGAUUGCAUAUGCUUAAUUGGAUGCAUUUUAUUAUGUAUUAAUUUUUUAUUAUUAGGCUCUUAAUAGUCCUAUAUCAACUUAUAAUAGCUAAGAAGUUGGUAUAAAUAUAUAAAUUCAUAUACAGUUCAUAUACAGAUUGCACGCAAAAGGGUGGAAACUAAAGGGGCUUUAAAUUCAGUGAUCACCUAAGGUACAUAGCAGAGGGUGAUCGAUCAAGAUAUAGAGAGAAAAUAAAUUGCAGAAGAAUAAUUACAAGAAACAAGCAGGUGGUAUUAAAGAGGUAUCCAAAGGAGUUUCCUAAGGAGGAUGAAACGCAGGUGACCUCCUCUGCUACUAUUAAGCUGAAAGUGCCUGAUGAUUAGGGUGGCAUUCUUGUCAAGAAUCUCUACUUGUUAUGAGACCUCUUUAGCGAAAUCUCAUGCAAUGCGUCUCUGAUUCUGCAGGCAUCGACUUACCAUUCUAUACCACUGACUCUCAACUAUUUGGGUUUGGAGUAAAGUGUUGGAUUCAGGACAUCCAGAUUUCAAACAAGGAGAUUUAGUUUGGGGAAUAACUAAAUGGGAAGAAUACAGCCUUCUUCCAAAGCCUGAAACCCUCAUCAAAAUCCUCCAUUAUAACUAAAUGGGAAGAAUACAGCGUCCUUCCAAAGCCUGAAACCCUCAUCAAAAUCCUCCACACGAGAGAGCUAAGGUACAUAGAUAGGAGAGGGUGCCAGACCAAGAUAUAGAGAGAGAAAAUAAAUGGCAGAAGAAGAACAAAUAGUAAUUAAAAGAAAUAAGCAGGUGAUUCUAAAGAGGUAUCCAGAGGGGUUGCCUAAGGAAGAUGACAUGGAGGUGACCUCCUCUGCUACUAUUAAGCUCAAGUUGCCUGAUGGUUAUGGUGGCAUUCUUCUCAAGAAUCUCUACUUGUCAUGUGAUCCCUUUCAGCGAGCCCUCACGCAACAAGUCCCUCCUUCUGGCAGCGCCCCCUUCCAUUGCUAUACCAUUGACUCUCCGCUAUUUGGGUAUGGAGUGGGGAAAGUGUUAGAUUCAGGACAUCCGGAUUUCAAACAAGGAGAUUCGGUUUGGGGGAUAACUACAUGGGAAGAAUACACCCUCCUUCCAAAGCCUGAAACCCUCAUCAAAAUCCUUCAUACGGAUGUACCUCUUUCCUACUAUGCUGGAAUUCUCGGUAUGCCUGGUAUGACUGCUUAUGCUGGAUUCUACCAAAUAUGUGAUCCUAAGAAAGGAGAAAAUGCUUUCAUAUCAGCUGCAUCAGGUGCAGUUGGUCAGCUUGUUGGCCAAUUUGCUAAAUUGUCUGGUUUUUAUGUUGUUGGAAGUGCUGGCAGCAAAGAAAAGGUGGAGCUUUUGAAAGAAAAGUUAGGAUUUGAUGAUGCAUUCAACUACAAGGAAGAAAAAGACUUGAAGGCAGCCUUAAAGAGGUGUUUCCCACAAGGGAUAGACAUUUACUUUGAGAAUGUAGGGGGCAAAACACUAGAGGCUGUGCUUCUCAAUAUGAGACAGUUCGGACGCAUUGCUGUUUGUGGAAUGAUAUCACAGUACAAUGUUGAUGAGGAGGAAGGAGUAAGAAAUCUAAUGCAGCUGGUAUCCAAGCGUGUUCGCAUGGAAGGCUUCAGCUGUCUUGAUCACCUUCAUAAGUAUUCCGAGUAUUUGGACUUUGUUCUGCCUCAUAUCAGACAGGGAAAGAUUGUCAAUCUUAUUAUCGAUUUAGCAUUGAAAGACACUGGUUAAAACUUAAAAUUCAUGUUCAAUAUGUAGCAUACAUUGUAAAUUUCACUUUGGCUGUCACUGUCACUGGCUGUUAUGGUCGUUUA